AUGGGUAAACGCAAGCAAGACCUCGGUGAUGUGGCUAUGGGUGGCACGAAUGAAGCAGACGGCGACAGCUCUGACGAGGACACUGACAUGGUCAAUGUCGACUUUGAAUGGUUCGACCCUCAGCCUGCUGUGGAUUUCCACGGCCUCAAGAACCUUCUUCGACAACUGUUCGACAACGAUGCUCAGAUUUUCGAUAUUUCCGCCUUGACCGACUUGAUUCUGUCGCAGCCCACUCUCGGAUCAACGGUGAAGGUUGACGGAAAUGAGACAGAUCCAUAUGCCUUUUUGACCGUAUUGAACCUUCAGGAGCAUAAAGACAAACCCGUUAUUCAGGACUUGAUCAAGUACCUCUGCGGCAAGGCUGCCGCCAACCCUUCUCUCUCCGCCUUGAACGAUCUUCUCUCCCAGGACCCAGUGCCUCCGAUCGGUCUGAUCCUGACCGAGCGCCUCAUCAACAUGCCUCCCCAAGUCAUUCCGCCCAUGUACAACAUGCUGCUGGAGGAGAUUUCCUGGGCGCUCGAGGACAAGGAACCCUACACUUUCACUCACUACCUCGUUCUAUCAAAGAGCUAUAAGGAAAUCCAAUCUAAGCUGGAUCUUGAGGAAUCGCGGCCACAGAAGAAGUCCAAAAAGGGCGGCGACUCUGCCCAGCGAUUCUUCUUCCAUCCUGAAGAUGAAAUCCUCGAGCGACAUGCUCUGUGCUCUGGAGAGUAUGCUUACACGCACAAGCAGGACGACGGCCACUCGGACUCCAAGCGUGCUUUCCAGGAACUUGGAAUUCGUACCGCUGGUAGCUUGACCCUCGUAGAUGGAGCCAAGUUCGAGACUGCGGUCAAGGCACUCACUGAAUUCAUGAGCUAA